GUGGAAGAGCUGAAAGUAAAGGAAAAGCUUUUGUUAAAGCUGCAAUGCUUCAAUCCCAAUCAAUUAUUAGACCCACUCUACUGUUUUGCAUUUAAUUGUGUGGACCGAAUGGAGCUAUACGAUCCUUCCUGGAAGGCAAAUCUGAUGUUGACUAAAAGCUCUUCAUUUGUUCAUAAAUUUCUUGCAUCAGACUAGUUUACCCAAAUAUUCAUCUCUUGUAUUUUGCUUUCUCUACCUUCUCCAAACUCAGCUGCACAAGAUCCUUCUGUUAUCACUGAUCAUGGCUUCUACUUCUUCCACUCCUCCCAAUCAGGGAAAGAAAUGGGAUGUUUUUAUUAGUUUUAGAGGCGACGAUACGCGUUAUGGUAUUCUCUCCCAUCUCUCUGAUGCCUUGAAGGACAAACAAAUCAAGACUUUUACGGAUGAAGAGCUCCGUAAAGGAGAAGAGAUCUCACCCGAGCUCUUGAAAAUAAUCCAGGAAUCAAGUGUCUCAAUAGUCCUUUUCUCUGAAAAUUAUGCAGAUUCUCCAUGGUGUUUGGAUGAGCUUGUUGAGAUACGUAAAUGCAAGGAAAAAUCAGCACAAAUAGUUCUGCCGGUUUUUUACAAAGUAGAUCCAACUGACGUUCAAAAGCUUUCAGGGAAUUUUGGGGAGGCAUUUGCUACUGCUAUGCAUGGGGAAAAAGGCAAUUCACAAAAGGUGGACAACUGGAAGCGUGCUUUGAUGGAAGUAAGCAACUUAGCAGGAUGGGAUUCACAGAAAAUCAAGUCUGAGGCCGAAUUAGUUGAUGAAAUUGUCAAUGAUGUUUCAAACAAAUUUAGCGAUAUGUCUAAAAGUGAUGAUUCUUAUGAUCGCAACUUGAUUGGAAUUAAACUGCGUGUGGAAGAAGUGGAAUGGUUGUUAAAUGAGAAGCAGAUUGUAGGAAUUUGGGGGAUGGGAGGCAUUGGUAAAACAACUAUUGCACAAGAAGUAUUUCAUCGAAACAAGAAUAAAUUUGAUGGUCAUUGUUUCGUUGAAAAUGUUAGGGAAACAAUGACAAAGCAAUCAUCAAAUUCAGUGCGAGUCAAAAUCAUUCAACAAUUAUUAAGGGACAAACAUGUAGACAGUUUGAAUGAUUCUACUAGGAGAAGGCUGAAGAGUAUGAAGGUAUUGAUUGUUUUUGAUGAUGUAGAGGAUCGAAACCAUUUAAAAGAUUUAGCAGGAGAGUAUGAUUUGUAUGGUGAGGGAACUAGAAUCAUCAUAACUAGUAGAGAUUCACAUGUGCUUAAAUAUGAUUUUUCAGAAGAAGGCAUAUAUGAGGUUGAGAAGUUAAUUGAUUCUGAAACUCUGCAACUCUUUAGCUUGCAUGCCUUCAACCAAAAUCUUCCCAAGGAAGAAUACAUGGAGCUAUCAGAGGAGGCGACAAUCUAUGCUGGAGGCAAUCCACUAGCUCUUAAAGUUUUGGGAUCUCAUUUAUUUCGUAGGACGAUAAAAGAAUGGGAAAGUGAAUUGGAAAAAUUAAAAGGCAAAUCUCUUAAGAAAAUUCAAGAUGUUUUGAAAACAAGUUAUGAUGGGCUAGAAAAGAAUGAACAGGAAAUAUUUCUUGAUAUUGCAUGUUUCUUCAAAGGGCUUCAUAAAGAUAAGGUUGAGAGAAAAUUAAAAGCAUUUGGUUUCUAUCCAGAAAGUGGAAUACCUCGUCUAAUUGAGAAGUCUCUGAUAACUAUUUCAUACAAUAAGGUAGAUAUGCAUGACUUGCUAGAGCAAAUGGGCAAGGAUAUUGUUAAUGAGGAAUGCAAACAGCCUGGCGGACGCAGCAGGUUGUGGAAUUAUGAAGAUAUUGAUCAUGUAUUUACAACAAAUAGGGGAACCGAAAAUGUUGAGGCCAUAUCGUUUCGUCUUUGUGGGACACGUAUUUUGACGCUAAGUGCCACGGCCUUUGCGAAGAUGUGCAAUCUUAGAUUCAUCCAAUUAUAUGAAAUGUCGAACAAAGUGCUCCUUCCUAAGAACUUUGAAUUUUGUGCACAAGCACUAAGAUGUCUUUACUGGGAUUAUUAUCCUCUGGAAUCUUUGCCGUUAAAAUUUUGGCCAAAGAAUCUUGUAGAACUUCAAAUGCGUUAUAGCAAUCUCAUACAACUGUGGAAUGGAGGAGAUAAGCCUCUUGAAAAUUUGAAAUUAAUUGACCUCAGCCUCUGCUGUCGCCUGGAAAGGAUUCCGAACUUGUCUAGUAUUGCCCCAAAUCUCGAGUUUUUAUAUUUGGAAGGAUGUUGGAGUUUGGUUGAAAUUCCCUCUCUUCAAAAUCUGAGCAAGCUUACUGAACUUUAUUUAACUGGAUCCAAUAAAAUCAAAGAUUGUCCAGAGAUUCGGUGUAAUGUAAGGAUUCUAAAAUUAGACGGAACUGGAAUAGAACAACUGCCCUCAUCAAUUAAGCAUCUGUCUCAACUUGUCAUAUUGUCCUUGUAUAGGUGUACAGCACUCGAGAGUCUUCCAAGCAGCAUUGGCAAUUUGAAACGUCUUGAAGAACUUGAUCUAGCUGGAUGUUCAAGACUCGUGACUAUUCCAAGCAGCAUAGGCGAGUUGAAAUGUCUUGAAAAGUUAUUUUUCCGGUAUUGCUCAAAUUUAGCAAGUCUUCCUGAAAGCAUCAAACAACUUUCGAAGUUGAAACUGCUUGAUUUAAGAGAUUGCAAGAGUCUUAAGAGUUUACCAGAGCUUCCGUCAUGCUUAAAAUUAUUAAAAGCAAUUGAUUGCCACUCUCUGGAAUCUGCAUCAGUUUCGUUCAAUUUCUUAGAACAUGAAGAUGAAAAUGAAGAAGCAGAUAAAAGUGAACAUGAAAAUGAAGAAGCACAUAAAAGUGAAUCUGAAGAUUGCAAAUUUCUUGAUUUUAGUAAUUGCGUCCAAUUGAAUAAGAAAGUAAUGGAGGAUGUUUUUGAAGCGCACCAGUUGGGUCAGAAAGUUACAUUAUUGAUGGCAGGAGGUGAAGUGCCAGAAUGGAUGAGGUAUAAGAAUAAAGGAUCCUCGCUUUCCUUCAAACUUGACCUUCGUCACGUAAUUGCCUUCUCUUUCUGCGUUGUUUUUCGUCCCUGUGGUAGGAUUUAUUUUCCUGGAUUUGAAGUGGGUUUCAUACGUGAAUCUGGAAAUAGGUGGGAACGUAAUGUGUUCAACUUAUUUAGCUAUAAGGACGUUGCGAAUUGGAAUGAUUAUUAUGGAGAUCAGUAUUUUUCGGACUUAUCACACGUGUUGCUUUCAUUCAAUGGAUUGAGGACACGUUUUGAUGAAGAGUGUUUAGUUGAGGCCUCAUUUUGCUUCAAAGCUGACCGUUAUGCGCUUCUGCAGAGAAUUAUGGAGUGUGGGGUCCAUCCUAUAUAUAGUAGAGAUAAAAGGAGAAGCAGAAAUGAAAAGCAUCCUAUAUUGGAAGACAAAAUCGAAGAGAAGAAGAAUAAAUAAUGAGGAGGAAGCUUCUUCUUCUUCUUCACUCGAUCUAAAUCUCUCUCUAUCUCUUCCUGCUUCCUCUUAACCAAACCCCACUCACUUUCACAACAGGUAUAACUCAUUUCUAGUUUGCCGUUACUUUUUAGCAUUCUUAAUUGCUUUACUCUUACAAAUAACUGCAAUCUUUUGCAGCUCUAUCAUCUGCCGCUCUAUUGUCAUUUGAGAGAGGGAAGACUAUACAGGAGAAUAAUUAAGCUCAAAUCAGGGGAAAAACAACAGGUGAAAUGAUAAAUAGUAUCUUCGUUAGUGUGUAGAGAUUUCUCUCGAUUUUCAUAGAAAUUGAAGUCAUCUAACAAUGAGGUCUUAGCUGAAUAACUCUUAAAUAUAUUCAGCAUUUCCAAACCUUGCUAAAGUCCAAUCUGCAAAUUAUUAUAACAAAUCGUGUCAAUCCAACCUUUAAUAUAUUCAACAAGAACAGAGGCCACCAUGCUCAAGUUUCUA